CGAAAUAAAAGAACAUGUACGUACGGCAUGGCUAGUGCUUCUAUGGAGUGCGAAGUUUGUGACGAGGCAUUCAACUCGGACAACCGCAAGCCGCUUUGCCUGACCUGCGGCCACACGUUUUGCUACUCCUGCAUUGCAAGAUUGUUGAAUGUUUCCGCGCCAAAAAACUGUCCGAAAUGUAGGAAGAAAAUAUUACAACGUAUUAAUCAAGUUCCCGUUGUCUACGCUUUAAUCCCCUCUGAAAACAAAGUUGGCCAAAGUGAUGUGCGCUCACAGUCUGAGGCACCAUGUACCCAGCACAAGAAGGCUCUGGAUUACCUGUGCAUGGACUGCAUGGAACUAACGUGCUUCAGAUGCAUAGGCGGCACGCACGCCGCUCACAGAAUUGAGUCGCUCGACGACCUGCUUCAGGAAGAUGAAGCCGUUGACGCCAGAACCAAAGUACGGACCACGUUGCUGGGAAAACUUGAAAACGCUAGCAAUGUGGUCUCGAUAUCUGACGGUCUUUUGGGUUUGGUUGAAGACCUCAUCAUUCUAAAGACUGACUUAGAAGGACAGAAGGAUUCGCUGCUGGCUCAGAAAGUGUCCGCCGAACAAGAUCUGCACGCUUGGGAUGCUUCAGUCACCGGUUUUGAUAAGACAAAAAAGAAAAAGAGACAAGAGUGCAGAGCAAUCCUGAGUCGACUGAAAUUGAAACCUGAAAAAAUUCAGAAGAUACCUGAAUUCAAAGCGUUGUUUGAUGCUGCUAGUAUGAAAUGUGACUCGUUAGAGUGCAACGGCGGUGGGUCAGCCGUGCAGCGGCCACGGCGACAACGGCAAUAA